AUGGAGCUGUGGCGCCAGUGCACCCACUGGCUCAUCCAGUGCCGGGUGCUGCCGCCCAGCCACCGUGUGACCUGGGACGGGGCCCAGGUGUGCGAGCUGGCGCAGGCCCUCCGGGAUGGCGUCCUUCUCUGCCAGCUGCUCAACAACCUGCUGCCGCACGCUAUCAACCUGCGGGAAGUCAACCUGCGUCCCCAGAUGUCCCAGUUCCUCUGCCUUAAGAAUAUCCGCACCUUCCUGUCUACCUGCUAUGAGAAGUUUGGCCUCAAGCGGAGUGAACUCUUCGAGGCCUUCGACCUCUUCGAUGUGCAGGAUUUUGGCAAGGUCAUCUACACUCUGUCCGCUCUGUCCUGGACCCCGAUUGCCCAGAACAAGGGGAUCAUGCCCUUCCCCACUGAGGAGAGUGUGGGUGAUGAAGACAUCUACAGUGGACUGUCCGAUCAGAUCGACGACACGGUGGAGGAGGAUGAGGACUUGUACGACUGCGUGGAGAACGAGGAGGCGGAGGGCGACGAGGUCUACGAGGACCUCAUGCGCUCGGAGCCGGUACCCAUGCCGCCCAAGAUGACAGAGUAUGACAAGCGGUGUUGCUGUCUGCGGGAGAUCCAGCAGACGGAGGAGAAAUACACGGAUACGCUGGGCUCCAUCCAACAGCAUUUUAUGAAGCCCUUGCAGCGGUUCCUUAAACCCCAAGACAUCGAGAUUAUCUUCAUCAACAUUGAGGACCUGCUUCGUGUGCACACCCAUUUCCUAAAGGAGAUGAAGGAAGCCCUGGCCAACCCCAGUGCACCCACCCUCUACCAAGUCUUCAUCAAAUACAAGGAGAGGUUCCUCAUCUAUGGCCGCUACUGCAGCCAAGUGGAGUCGGCCAGCAAGCACCUGGACCGCGUGGCCACAGCCCGGGAGGAUGUACAAAUGAAGCUGGAAGAAUGUUCUCAGCGUGCGAACAACGGGAGAUUCACCUUAAGGGACCUGCUGAUGGUUCCCAUGCAGCGAGUGCUGAAAUAUCACCUCCUUCUCCAGGAGCUGGUGAAACACACACAGGAUGCAAUGGAGAAGGACAACUUGCGGCUGGCCCUAGAUGCCAUGAGGGACCUGGCACAGUGCGUAAACGAGGUCAAGCGGGACAAUGAGACGUUGCGGCAGAUUACCAACUUCCAGCUGUCCAUCGAGAACCUGGAUCAGUCUCUAGCCCAUUACGGCCGACCCAAGAUCGAUGGUGAGCUGAAAAUAACUUCGGUGGAGAGGCGCUCCAAGAUGGACAGGUAUGCCUUCCUGCUUGACAAAGCUCUGCUCAUCUGUAAGCGGCGAGGGGACUCCUACGACCUCAAGGACUUUGUGAACCUGCACAGUUUCCAGGUUCGAGAUGACUCCUCCGGAGAGAGGGACAACAAGAAGUCUUCCCUCGCCAGCUCCAAUAUCUACCCUGAGAACGCCACUGCCAAUGGUCAUGACUUCCAGAUGUUUUCCUUUGAGGAGACAACAUCCUGCAAGGCUUGCCAGAUGCUGCUGAGAGGCACUUUCUAUCAGGGGUACCGCUGUCAACGGUGCCGAGCCCCUGCACAUAAGGAGUGUCUUGGGAGGGUCCCUCCUUGUGGUCGACAUGGACAAGAUUAUUCAGGAACUAUGAAGAAGGAUAAGCCACAUCGGCGGGCUCAGGACAAAAAGAGGAAUGAACUGGGCCUGCCCAAGAUGGAGGUGUUCCAGGAAUACUACGGGCUGCCCCCACCCCCUGGAGCCAUUGGACCUUUUCUACGCCUCAACCCAGGAGACAUCGUGGAGCUCACUAAGGCUGAGGCCGAACAGAAUUGGUGGGAGGGAAGGAAUACGUCUACCAAUGAAGUCGGCUGGUUUCCCUGCAAUAGGGUCAAGCCCUAUGUGCAUGGUCCCCCUCAAGACCUGUCCGUUCACCUCUGGUAUGCUGGCCCCAUGGAGCGAGCCGGGGCGGAAAGCAUUCUUACCAACCGCUCGGAUGGGACGUUCUUGGUGCGGCAGAGGGUGAAGGAUGCCGCAGAAUUUGCCAUCAGCAUUAAGUAUAAUGUUGAAGUCAAGCAUAUUAAAAUCAUGACAGCAGAAGGACUGUACCGGAUUACAGAGAAGAAAGCUUUCAGGGGGCUUACGGAGCUGGUGGAAUUCUACCAGCAGAACUCUCUGAAGGAUUGCUUCAAGUCGCUGGACACCACUCUGCAGUUCCCCUUCAAGGAGCCCGAGAGGAGAGCCAUCAGCAAACCAGCAGCCGGGAGCACCAAAUACUUUGGCACGGCCAAAGCCCGCUAUGACUUCUGCGCCCGGGACCGAUCAGAGCUGUCCCUCAAAGAGGGCGACAUUAUCAAGAUCCUUAACAAGAAGGGGCAGCAGGGCUGGUGGCGAGGGGAGAUCUACGGCCGGGUUGGCUGGUUCCCGUCCAACUAUGUGGAAGAGGACUAUUCUGAGUACUGCUGAGUCUUGGCACAUUGGCAGAGAGAUGAGAGAUUCCAGGCUCCAAGCCCAGGAUGAACAGGCAGUGGGGCCAGGAGCUGGGACAGAUCCUGGCGGGCUGAGAGUCUGCGAUGGACUGUGGAGGGCUAGUGUCCAGCUGGCGGGGCUCCAGGGAUGAUGCCCUGCCAUGGUUAAUUUAUAGCACAUGAAUUUCCUCUUGUGUCCCCUUGAGAAGGUGGGGCUCCAGACAACCACUUUCAAUAAAGUGAUGAAUGGA